AUGGGAAUCACCAAGGAUGUUCCAUGGGUCGAGAAGUACCGUCCAAAAAAACUGUCGGAUGUUAUAUUUCAAACACAGGCAGUGUCCAUAAUGGAGCAAAUAAUAGAGACUUUCAAUAUGCCUCAUAUGAUAUUCCAUGGGCCUCCUGGGACUGGAAAAACGUCGGCAGCUCUGGCUAUGGCAAGACAGAUUUACGGGUUGGAAGGGAUGAGAGAACGAGUUUUAGAAUUGAACGCUUCAGAUGAAAGAGGUAGAAUCGAUGUCGUUAGAGAUCGUAUUAAGACGUAUACCAGGAUAAAUAUAUCAAACAAUAAAAUAAAUCCCGAAACAAACAGAGUUAUGCCGAAUUACAAAAUCAUUAUCCUCGAUGAAGCGGACAUGAUCACAGCGGACGCACAGGCAGCUCUGAGAAGAGUGAUUGAGAACUACUCAGGAAUAUCACGCUUCAUCCUGAUCUGCAACUAUUUGCAUAAAAUAAUUGGACCAAUAUACUCGAGGUGCUCAGUGUUCCACUUUAAGCCAAUCGACACGAGCUCGCAAGUCAAAAGGCUCGAGUACAUAUGCUCCAAGGAGGGAAUAAAGUAUGAUACGAAGGCGCUGGAAUUUUUAACUAAAGUGUCCUCAGGAGAUAUGAGAAAGGGAAUAACCAUACUACAGUCUACUGCCUCACUGUAUAAUGAAAUAACGGAGAAUGCUGUGUAUAGUGUCUCGGGGCAACCCCCAAGGAGUCUGGUGGAACGCAUUUUCGAAGAGUGUAGGAAAAAGGACGGAGAUGUCGAGGCGAUGUGUAGGGACAUUGUACACGAGGGGUGGGACGUAUCGGCAAUAUUUCAGCAGAUUUGCGACUAUGUGGUCAACAGCGACGCAAUCGGGGACGUCGACAAGUCUAAGAUAUCGCUGGAACUGGCACACCGGGACUAUGCACUGCUGCAAGGAGGCUCGCAAUAUUUCCAGUUGGCGUCAGCAUGUUUUCAUAUUAGAAACACGAUUGCUGGGGGUACACGACUGUAG